CGACCAGAGGAAAAAACGGCUGGGGAGAUAACGGCAAGAAAACGGCGUGAAGACUUCACAGCCCCUGCUUUUGUUUUCUCACAUGAAAACCGUGAGAAAGGACACGGUUUGUUUUUGGUUUUCUCCCCGGACUGAGAGGACUUACACCAUCAGAGGCGAUGAGAUGUGAGUGAGCUAUGCCUUGUCGAAAUGGACAGACUUUAUCCAAGCGAAAACAUGGCGUCUGCGUCCCGAAGUUUAGAUUCUUUUCCAGUCUGCUUUUCACACUCUGCUGCCUGGAGGCUUGGGGCUCCGGGCCGCAGGGGGACGGCGGCAGGAGCUGCAGCCCGUGUCCCGUUAACUGUAGCUGCGCGCUGUCGGGGCCCCAACAGUCCUGCGUCGUCAACUGCUCCAACAUCGGUCUGGAGAGGGCCCCUGCGGCGGCGGACGUCCCGCUGUCCACUAACGUGCUAGAUCUGUCCAGGAACCACAUCUCCUCCCUUGAUACCAGCCUGCUAGAACGCCUCACCGGCCUCCGAGAGCUAUAUUUACGAGGGAACAGGAUCAAUGUUCUCCCCAGAGGAGUGUUCUGCUGUGGGCCGCUGUCCAUACUGGAUUUGAGCAACAACCAGAUCACUACCAUAGAGGAAAGAAUAUGUGACAACUUAUGCAAUUUAACUGCAAUUGACCUGAGCGGGAACCCAUAUGAGUGUGACUGUAAGCUCUUCCGGCUGGUCAGCUGGCUCCAGGAGAAAGGGGUGCAGGUUCGACGCCCGGAGGCCAUGCUAUGCGACCACCCCCCCAACCUCCGCCUCCAGCCCCUGCUCAACAUCAGCCUGCUCACCUGUGGUCUGAACUAUGCGGCCUGUCUUGAGGACAGCAGCAGUGGAGGAGGAGGGCGGAGCGAGCUGGUUAUCUUCUCCUCCUCCACGCCGGGGAAUUUCACGCGGGAGCAGUGUAACAGCGUAUGUUUUGCCGCAAUGCACCGCUACGGGGGCUUGGGGGCACGGCGAGAGUGUCUCUGCAGCACCAACUCCGAGCCCAACUACAUCAGCGAAUCACAGUGCUCUGCAGCCUGUACCAAUCCCUUUGUGAUGAAGGAGUGUGGGUGGACUCUGGCCCACGAUGUCUUUGCGGUGGACUUCUCUGUGACGCUGCAGUCUCUCCCGCUGCUGAGUGUUCACGACCACAUUCGGUUCUCUGCCGUCUCCUCUGUCACCCCGGUAACACUGUCCUGGGACUUUGGUGACCAGUCAUCCCGGGUCAACAGCACGGAGACAGAGGUUACCACAGCAACGCACAAGUACGGCCUUCCAGGGCAGUAUGCAGUCAGUGUGAAGGCCUGGGCUGGACACAAGGAGGCGUCUGAGCGCAGGAACGUGACGGUGACACUGCCUCCCAAACUGGAGCUGCACUGUCCAGCUCUGGCUGUAGCCAAUCAGAGUCUAGCAUUCAAACUCGUUAGCUGGGGCGCCGUGGGCGUGGCUGUAGACUGGACCAUCACCAAGGACGGCAUCCAGGCUGCCAAAGCCUCCCCGUACUGUCCAACCAACGGGGUUUACCACCCCGAGUCCUCGCACUGCUUCCAGAUCGUUCCAGGAGAGUUUAGCUGGGAUGAGGCUCGACACCAGUGCUCCGACCGCGGUGGAGAUCUGGCAGUGGUCAGGACCGACACACUGCGCAGCCUGCUGGCACAUAAUGUCACACAGGAGCGAGGCGCCUGGCUGGGCCUGAGCAACGUGAACUCCUCUGGCGUGCUGCGCUGGGUGAACGGGUCAGAGGCGUGGGAGGGCGAGGGAGGCGUGGCCGUCCGCUCCCCUCUGUCCGGCAAUGUGUGUGUGUCCCUCGACCAAGGUGCCCAAACCAGCUCACACCUGUGCACCGCCAAGCGGGCCUACAUCUGCGAGUACAGCCCACAAGUGCGUGUGCCCGACGCCGGGGUCUACAUGGUGGGCCUGGCUGUGUUUCCCUCACACAGCUCUGUUUACAGCCCACCCUCCGCCACACUGUCUGCCCCACAGCCGGCCAGCAGUGGCAUAGAGGUGCUGUUGUUCCCAGCGCUGAGCUUUGUCCAGGCAGGUCGCCUGUCCUCCCUCGAGUUUGUCACUCAGGAGCUCAGUUCACAAAUCCAUGUCCGAUUCCAGACCUACAGACCACACUGUCACUAUCCCGGCAAGCACCUGCUGCUACCCGGUUGUGGAGGUGCGGUGUGCGCUCCAGUGGCUGUGUGUGUACCCAGUGACACCAGGGCCCAUUCACCCCCAUCCUCCUGUCCCCCACUGCAGCAGUGGUGCCCUUUCCAGGGCCGCUGCCUUGCGCUCUCCAGCCCCUGCCAGCCCUCCUCCUGUCCUAACUGCACCCAGACACACCGCUUGCCCUCUGAUGUGCAGAGGCCCAGAUACACCCUACUGGAUGAGGUGACAUUCACCCUACCUGCAGGGCCAGCUGCACACAUACUGGUGCGAGAGCGGUUGGAGGACCUGCUGGUUUCCCCUGGUGAUAUCAUCGCCCUGCAGCACGACGCUGGCCCCGCCUCCCUCCUCCGCUGCCACACAUCCCCACACUCCCUGUGGCGACAGCCUGUUUUCGCUUUAAACCAAUCAGAGUGGUUCUGGGCUAGCAACGCCAGCCAGUCAACCGAUGGCUCGGCUGACCUCGACACUGAUGCUGCCCCUCUCCCUGACCCAGAGCUUGACAUAGAAGCACUGAUAAAGGAUGACGAGGGAGGCUGGCUGGAGGACGUGGUCUGUCCUGUCAGGGUGCUCUAUGUGGGACAAAGCGAGACGCAGAUCCAGGGAGGCCAGCUGUCUGCUGGUCUGCCCCAGCCGGGACUUUACAACCUACUGGUGACUUCUGUUGAACCAUCUUACCGAACCUCAGCAUCAUGCCUGUUGCGGGUGGUGCCACCUCUGGGCUUAACGGUCCUCCACCCCCUUUCCAAGAAUGGAACCAUCUACCUACAGCCGAAUGACACCCGGCUGCUGCUCCGUGUCCAGUCUCGCUACACGACAGAGCUAUCUCGCCGUGGCAGUAACCACAGCGUGAUCUUCCAGCCCUCCUGCCCUCCAGAGUUCUCCUCCUACCCAGGGCGCUGUCAGCCUGGGUCAAGUGCCGGCUCAGGGGUGGAGGCUGCUGAGCCCAGCCUGUUUGCUGUGCUGGAUCUCAGGCUGGGGGUGGAGGAGCAGAGUGGUCCAGUGCAGGUGGAGCUGGAGGCCCACAGCGAAGUGACAGAGGCCAGCCUGACUGUGGUUGUCUGCCUGGAAGAGCCACUCAGAGGAUUGGUGGUGCAGCCACACCCGACACACAGAGUGCUGAUGGAGUCAGUCGUGAGCUACACGGCAUCAGUGCGCGAAGGCUCCAAUCCUACAUUUAAGUGGACGGUGGAUGACAAGCCUUAUUUCACCUAUUACAACACUGUCCUCAAUGUUAUCUACCAGAACGCUGCCGUCUACAAGCUCACAGUGACAGCUAUGAACCACGUCAGUAACCUAACAGAGCAUUUCAACGUAACAGUGGACAGGCUGCAGCCCAUGGCCAACCUCACAGUAACAGGUGUGCCCGAUGUGGUCACUCAGAGUUCGGCUCAGACCCUCACUGCAUCAGUGCUCCUCGACAUGUCUGUCGCUGCCACCUUCAGAUGGUCUUUUGGUGAUGGGGGUUAUAAGGAAUUUGAAUAUAAGCCUCCCUACAACCCCUCCCUCCUCUGCCCAAACUCCCCCAAUCAGGUGGUCCUAACCAACAACGUCACCUAUAUCUACCCUCAGCCAGGAGUGUACACAGUGUUGGUGUCAGUGUCUAACCGGUAUGAGAACAUCAGUCAACGCAUUGCCAUGCAUGUGUACAGCAUCCUCAAUCAUGUCGACAUAGAGACAGAGCCACGACUUCUUCUAGCCAACAAGUCAGCAGCUUUUGAGGCUCACGCUUGGCCCUCUGCCUAUGGCAUCCACUACACCUGGCACUUUGGAGAUGGUUCUGCCCCGUUGCAGGGCCGCGAGAGGCGAGUGCCACACACCUACGCACAGAGUGGACCCUUCAAUGUCUGUGUAUCAGUGAACAAUACUAUCAGUUCAACACAAGCUUGUGCUGACAUGUUUGUAUAUGAGGAGAUUGAAGAGCUGACUGCGGAAAGCUCCUCUCCUACGGAGCUCCACAGCCCCACUACAGUGAGGGCACACCUUGCUUCAGGUAACAACAUCACGUGGACAUUCUCCAUGGGUGAUGGGAGCAAUUUCACCACAGCUGAGCCCCAAGUGUCACACACCUACAGCAAAGAUGGCAACUAUACGGUGAAUGUGACUGCCAGCAACGCUGUGAGCUCUGGCUGGACAAUCCUACCUGUCCAAGUGUAUGUCUUCCAGGUUGUAACAGUGGAACCAUCCAGUUGUGUCCAAGAACACAUUCCUGUAUCCUUUCAGGCCUGGGUGUCUGGUAAUGCAUCAGCUCACCUUUAUGAAUGGAGCUUCGGGGAUGGGAGCCCCAAUGAGACACACCAUGGCACUCCUGGGGUUACACACACCUACUUGACCAGUGGGAACUACCAUCUCUCUUUGCUUCUUUCCAGUGGUGUCAACAAGGCAUCCAAAGCCAACUUCUCUCACUUAGUGUGUGUGCAGCCAUCUGUGACCAAUGUCAGCCUUAUCCUUGAAAAGACAUACUUCUGUGUGGGGGAGGAGAUACAGUUCCAGGCCAGAGCUGAGCCACCAUUUAAUUAUAGCUAUCUGUGGGACAUGAAAGAACACUCUACACUGAUGCAUGGUUCUGGGAAUAUAGUGACUACCUAUAAAAACCCAGGUCAGUAUGUUGUGACCGUCACUGUCUUCAAUAAUAUCUCCGCCACUAAUGCCAGUGUCCUCAUUGAAAUUCAAAUGCCAGUGGGUCCAAUUGUAAUCCAGCAUAAUGGUACAAGGUUCAGUAACCUGAGUCUUCGGGAACCAUACCUUUUCACCACCUCUUCCUUGGCCUCACAUGUCAAUUACACCUGGAACUUUGGAGAUGGGAACAUACUUUCUGGCCAAAAUAUCAUCCAUGCCUACAACAUCUCAGGAAAUUACAACAUCACACUUACAGCAGCUAACACAGUAAGCCAGAACCACACUGUUUUAGCCAUAGCUGUGCUUGCACCAAUCCGUGGGUUAACAGUCAACGCAAGCCUGGUGAACGUCCCCCUCAAUGCCUCAGUCCACUUUGAGGCCCAGAUGGAGGAGGGGGAUGGAGUCCGGUUCUCCUGGAUCCUGUGUGACCGAUGCACCGCAAUCCCAGGGACUGAGGUGCAUCGGUACACAUUCCGCUCUGUAGGAACCUUCAACAUCAUUGUGACAGCAGAGAACGAUGUUGGAACUGCACAAGCAAGUAUCUUCCUAUUUGUACAACGGGAACUGGAGGGGCUCCAGAUUUUGGCAGGGGAGGAGACAGAGGGAGGAGGUGGAAGCAUUAGCUACUUUGCUACAAAUCGCAUUCUCCACCUCCAGGCAGCACUGAGAGAAGGAACCAAUAUGUCCUUUACUUGGAACCUUACGAGAAAACUAGACCCCCCCAGCUCAAAUUUCAACCUAAGUGGGAAGACUGUGGAUGUCAAUUUCUCCAUGCCAGGUCCAUGUGACAUCUCUCUCCGGGCAGCCAACCUCCUUGGCCAGCUGUCUGUGAACAGAACGAUCCAGUUCCUAGACCCAGUUGGAGGGGUAUAUCUUCAGAUCAGUGACAACCCAGUUGCAGUCAAUGCCUCAGUUAACCUGACAGUGAUAACAGCAGGAGGCUCAGACCUGCGGUACCGCUGGUCUGUGGAUGAGACUAGUCUGCAGUGGAAUGAGCCCUGGUUGAAGCACACCUUCACCAGUCCUGGCCAGAAGCUGGUCAGCGUAGAGGUCUCCAAUGAGGUCAGCUCAGAGGUUGUGUCACAGAUCGUCAGAGUCCAGGAGGUAAUUUCUGGGUUGAGGUUCACAGCUACCAAUGUGACUGAGCAGAAUUAUGUAGCAACAGGUGUCAAUGUAACGCUUCAGGGGGAUGUCGUGACAGGAACUAAUGUGACGUGGAUGUGGCUGUUGGGAGGAAGAACAGAAAUAGGAAGGAGAACUUCCUUGAUUUUCUUUGAGCCAAAGACAACCAUCAUUAGUCUGAAUGCUACCAAUGAUGUAAGUGGGGAAGUGGUUUCCAGAGAGUUUGUUGUUCAGGAAAAGAUCCAGGGAUUGGAGUUGAAAGCCAGUAAAAAUAUUGUAGCAGUCGGUGAGAGGGUGGAGUUCACCAUUUCCAUAGCAGCGGGUUCAGAUAUUAGUCUGAUCCUUACCAUCAGCGGAGAUGCCACGGUCAUCCCUAAAGUCAACCAAACCUACGUCCACCAGUUCAGCAGGGUGGAUACCUACAUGGUGAACCUCACGGCUCACAACCAGGUGAGCUCCAAGAGACACCACCUCCAAAUUGAGGUAAUGGAGCCAGUGCAAGGACUGACCAUCCUGGAUUGCUGUGAAGCUGCAAUCCCUGUAGGUGUGAAAAGAAAUUUUGUCGCCAGCAUCCUUAAAGGCAAACCUGUUCACUUCCUUUGGACAUUCGAUCUGGAUCACCUCCACCAGUCACAUCAUAUGGGCAAAGAGGUGUCAUACACUCCAGAAGAGGCCGGUUUAUUGACAAUCUAUCUCAGGGUCCUCAAUGCACUGCGCUGCCAAAACAUCACCAAGCACAUCCUGGUACAGAACGUCCUGACAGCUGCGGUGCUAGAUGCAGUGCCUCAAGACACCUUCAUCAACAAGACUGUGACAUUUAUGGCUUCAGUCACACCCAGAUCUAAUCCAGUGGAGUGCUUAUGGGACUUUGGUGAUGGAUCUUCUCGACUUCCUACAAACACCACAACUGUGCGUCAUGAGUACAGCCACCCAGGACACUACCUUGUCCAAGUGAAUUGCAGUAACCUGGUGAGCUACGUGCUGGCCCAGGUGGAGGUGAACAUCAGGGUGUUAGAGUGUGAAGAGCCAGAAGUGCAGGUGGUUCAAGCCCCUCGCUUGAUCAUCUGGCGCUCGCAGCCCACCUUGGUGGAGGCAAGUGUGGACUUGAAAGGCUGCGUUCGCUAUGGAGCCCAGUACCUCUGGCAGAUCCUCUCCACACCCAAUUGCAAUAAUGAUCAAGACAACAUAGACUCUGGCCACUGUGGGAGGUUGUGUCAGCCCUCUCAGAUGUCGUCAGUCUCUGUAAUUCCUCUCCCAGCGGAGGUGGACAUGCGACGACUGCAGCUGUCGGUGCCUAAGAUGGCGCUGGCAGCAGGGAACUACACCUUAGUGUUUUCUCUGUCAUAUGAGGGCGUGCCGCUGAGGAAGGCUGCCUGUCUGCAACUCAGUGUCAUGGCUGCCAGGUUGGUGCCCAUCAUUGAAGGGGGUAACUAUAGGGUGUGGUCGAGGACCCAGGACCUGCAGCUCAGUGCAGAGCAGUCCUACGACCCCAACAUGGACCCAGAGAGCCAGUCACUGCUCAAAUACCACUGGGAGUGCCAGAGCACCUCCAAGGGCGCGGCCCACUGCUCCAGCCUGAACUUCUGCAGUGACCCGGUGUUGGGCAUCCCCGGCUCUGAGUUGGAGGCUGAUGUUGAAUACACUUUCAAACUGACGGUCAGCAAAGAUGGCAUGGCACCAGAGUCCACCUUGCAGACUGUAUUUGUUCAGAGUGGCGAUAUUCCAAUGGUGUAUUUGGAGUGUGUGUCCUGUAAGGCCCAGUCCAUCUACGAGGUCAGCCAGAACUCCUACGUGUACCUCAGAGGAACCUGCACCAACUGCAAGGACUUCCACCGCGGGCGCUGGACAGCCAUGACGUUGGGCAACGAGACGCUGGUUUUGAACUCGUCCUCCACCACUACAGGAAGUGAUGGCAUGAACCUGGUUCUUCGGCAGGGGGCAUUGCGACACGGCGACUCCUACGUCUUCACCCUGCAUGUGACUGAUGCCAGCCUGGAUGGUGAAGGCGCUGCCUCCAUCACGCUGUUCCCCAACAUGCCCCCAGCUGGCGGAGAGUGCCACCUGCGAGUAGAAGAUGGAGGAGUGGGGGAGAACAGGGACAGAGACGUGGAGGGCUUGAGGAUACGCACGCUGCUGGACAGGGUUCACUUCAACUGCUCAGGUUACAGUGAUAUGGGGGUAUCAGGGACGCCGCUGCUCUACAGCCUGCUGGUAACGCGCUGCAAAGACCACUGUGAGGACCUGUUUGUGUACAAAGGCAGCAGCCCAGAGCACUCCGCCUUCCUGCCUCCAGGGUUCAGCUCAGCCCAACACCGUGUGGCUGUAGCCGUCACUGUGGAGGACCACCAGGGAGCUGCCAUCACCGCUCUCAACAAGUCCAUUGAGGUGGUACUACCAGACCCGCCCCCUGGUUACAGCAGCCUUCCCCAUUGGCUGGCUGAGCUGACAGGCACCGAACUCAAACAGCUGCUGAAGCAGGGAAACUCCCAGAGGGUCCGAGAGCUGUCUCUGGCUCUCAUUACAGUUCUGAACGAGUAUGAGCAGACCAGAGAGUCAACAGUGGUGUCCCCGGCUGAGCGCCAUUACCGGGUUAGCAUCCGCAGCAACAUCACCAGAGCUCUGACCGCCCUGGACCUGAACACUGUUAAUGACAUCCAACAGACCUCCGCUGCUUUGGCACAGUGCACGGCGGUGAGUCGAGAGUUCGUCUGUGAGGAAUGUCAGAACAGCACUCUGAACAAGCUGGAGAGCAUGCUGGAAAUUCUGCAGUCCGACACCAAGCAGGGCACUGUCACGCCGACUGAAAUCGCUGACAACAUCCUCAAUAUCAUGGGUGACCUGAUCCAUCAGGUGAGCCAGUCGGCCUCACAGGCUUACCUCCAGGUCCCCUACGUGGACUCUUCCCCAACCUUGUCCUCCUCCUCCUCUUCCUCCACUGGUGAGGAUCAAGGAGGUGCCCCCUUAGACCCUUCCCCCUCCUCGCUGGAGCCUCACCCUCUGCGCGUGGCGGCCAAGGCCUACAGCCUGUCCUCUGUCCUCAUGCUGAUCCUCAUGCACGCCCGUGUGCUUAAUGAGGAGCCGUUGGUGCUGAAGGGUGCCGAGAUCGCUGCCACGGGGAAGCUGGCCGACCCCCAAAGCCUGCUCUGCUACCAUGGCAACAACAGCCCAGAGUGUCAGCGGUUCUCCAUCCCCAGAGCUUUUAAUACCAGCCUGGACAGAGCUGCCACAGGAAACAGCAUCAUGCAGCUCCUGUUUCAGGUGGAGCCGAACCCUUUCCCCUUCAACUACGUGGCCAACUACACCGUCUCCACCGAAGUGGCAUCCAUGGAAUUCCGCACAGAGAACGGCACUCAGAUUCCCAUCUCCGGACUGGACGACAGUCAGGCCAUCACCGUUGCAAUUAACAACGGAAGUGGCAGCAGUGAAGGGGGUCCGGAAGGGGCCGGGACAGGAGGGCUACCCAUAGCCGGGGCUGUAAACAUAAGCCACUGUGACUCUGUGGUGGUCAGUGUCAGCACCAGAAACAGCAACCGGCAGGCAGGGCUGUUUGUCCAGCUCAACUUCACCAUUCUGGAGGACGCCACAGAGAAGGAUAAAAAAGGACAGGAUGACGAGGAGCCAUACAUCACGGCCUACCUCCAUUCCCAUGACCGACCAAAUGAGUUCAACUGCACCGACAGGAAACGCAUCACACUCAGUAUGACCAGGGGGCGGGACCUCGACCACAGGAAAUACACAUUCUUCCUGUCCCCUGAGUCCUAUGACACCACGCUGGACUACUUCAUCAAUGUGACCGCCGCCUGCAGCCCGGGCACCAAGUCUGCGGUUGUGCGUUUGGAAGUGGGGGUGUUCGCCUCUCUGUGCCAGUACUUCAGCGAGAGCGAGAAGCAGUGGCGGACAGACGGCAUGGUGCCGCUCGCAGAGACCACCGCCUCCAGAGCUGUCUGCCGCACCAGGCACCUCACGGCGUUCGCUGCAAGCGUGUUUGUACCAUCCAACGCCAUCACCUUCAUCAUGCCAGAGCGUUCUGGUGCUCCGAGCCUGGUCGUGCUCUUGGUGUGUAUUCUUGGUUUGCUUUGCUAUGCUGUGGCCGCAGCCAUCUUACACAAGUUGGACCAGCUGGAUCUGCGACGGGCCGGCGUGGUUCCACUCUGCGGCCGAGACGGACUCUUCAAGUACGAAGUCCAGGUCAAAACUGGCUGGAGCCGAGGGGCAGGCACCACGGCCCAUGUGGGAAUCAGCCUGUAUGGGCGUGAGAGCCGCAGCGGACACCGCCACCUGGACAGCAGAGGAGCCUUUGCACGCAAUGCUCUGGACAUUUUCCAUAUCGCCACGGAUACCAGCCUGGGCAGUGUCUGGAAAAUACGAAUUUGGCACGACAACAAGGGUCUGUCCCCAGCAUGGCUGCUACAGUACAUUUUGGUCAAAGACCUGCAGACAGGAAGCAGCUACUACUUCCUGGUCGAGGAGUGGCUGUCGGUCGACAACGAGAAGACUGAUGGACGGGUGGAGAUCGAGGUGGAGGCCUCGGAGGAGGCCGCACUCCGUCAGUUUCCCCGCCUGCUGGUGUGUGAGCUGCAGCGGGCGGUGUGUGAGAGCCACCUGUGGCUGUCACUGUGGGAGAGGCCCCCCCGCAGCCCCUUUACCCGCCUGCAGAGGGCGACGUGCUGCGCGUUGUUGCUGCAGCUCUGUCUGCUGGCCAACACGCUGUGGUACAGUAUCGUGGCGGACGAGCGAUACAGUCCAAGGGCUGUGUCCAGGAUUUCAUCUCUGACCGGAGAGACGGUGGCGGCAGGCCUGGUCAGCUGUCUGCUGGUCUACCCGGUCUACCUGCUCGUCUUCACGCUCUUCAGAAUGAGCCGCAGCAAGUGUGUGUCUGUAGAGCAUGUACCUCCGCAGGUGGACCAGGAGUCGGUGGAAAUCGAUGAUUUCCUGGACAACUCCAUGGCAGGGAGUUCCUUCCUUUUUUACAACAGCGAGACCAACUCAGAGGAGAGUAAUGUGGAUUUGCCCACUCCAUCGACCAAAAGUGUUGAGAGCUGGGACAUGGGGGACCAGGAGGAGACAGAGGACCGGGAUUGGCCGGAGCUGCUGAGUGACAUGUCUGUGGUGGGAGGAGCGGGGCUCGGAGCUGGGCUGCCAAGGCUGAAGAGGGGCCAGGGGAGCAGACACCUCGGCGUCGAUAUGACCUUUAACCCUGAUGAUGAGGAGGAGACGGGCCAGCGUAACAAAUACUUCACCUCUUCAGACGAGGAUCUGAUCAAGCACAUCCUGGCAGACGGGCAGAACUUCUUCCCCCAGGCAGAUGAAAGUGAAAUGGCUGACCUGUCGAGUAUCUUUGGAGAUAAGACAGAAGUGAUUCUCCUCCAGAAGCUGAAUGAGCCUCUGCCUCCAGGAUGUGUGAGGAGAGACCCCCCUAAAACUGCUUUCAUCUCCAACACAGUUGUGACAGACGUGUGUCGCCCGAGACGGUUCCCUCCCUGGUGCGGACGUGCCGCCCUGUGGGGAAGCUGGGCAGGGAUCGCUGUGGCCAAUGGCGUAUCGGUGUGGGCGGGACAUGGCUUCAGCCAGAGCAUGGCCAUGAUGUGGCUCAUUUCCUGUUUUGCCAGUUUCCUGUGCUCCUGCCUGCUGUUGGAGCCAAUUAAGGUGUUGUGUGAGGCAGUGUACUAUGCAGUGUGUGUGCGGCGGCUGCGCCCGGAGGACCAGGACGUGUUGGUGGAGUUUCCUCGAGUGGAGAGGGUGGUCCAGCGGGUCCCCAGGGUGCGGCCACCCCAGGGCUUCGCUCUGUCCCAGGCUCGGCACCAGGCCCGCAAGGUGCACAUGCUGCACACCAUGCUGAAGAACUUCUUGGUAUACAUGUUCUUCCUCCUGGUCGUGUUGCUUCUCAACUAUUCCGACACGGCCAAGGACACACACAGCCUGAGGCUAUGCACCCAGCUGCAACGAGCGCUACACACACCUGAGUACCACAACAUCAGCAGCCGAGACGAUGUCAUGAUGUGGCUGAAUCAAUCCUUGUUGCCACGCCUCCUGGAUGGCCCCGCCCUUUUGAAAGAUACAGGGAGUGUGUUGCUGGGCACACUGAGACUCCGACAGAUCCGUGACUCAUAUGAUUCCAUUGGUUUCAAUCCCGGGAAUAGCACUGGAGGACAGGGCUGGGUUAACUCUACAACUAAACACACCCAGAAUCUUGUGGCUUUCAGCACUGCUGAUGCUAAUGGGGUGUGGCGCUGGGGUCAGGUGCAGGUGUACGGCAGUGGAGGCUCGGUCUACCAGCUGAGCCGAAGACGGGAGCAGGCCUCAUCCUCCAUACAGCAACUGAGGCAGCUAGACUGGCUCGACCACAGGACACGAGCUGUGUUUGCGGAGUUCUCUCUCUACAACAUCAACACCGACCUGUUGGCUGUUUUCUCCUUCCUGUUUGAGUUCCCCGUUUCUGAGCGUGCCCAGUCCAGCCUGGACCUCCUGGCCAUCCAUUUGUGGCCAAUCACAGGCCUGGACCUGCAGCUGCUUCUCACGAUCGUCCUGCUGGCCUUGGUGUUGUAUUUCCUGGUGCGGGGGAUCCUUGGCUUCGUCCGAGAGGGUUACGUGUACCUGCUGUCAGCCUGGCGCCUGCUGGGUGUGUGUAAACUGGCCCUGGCAGCAUCAGUGUGCGGGCUACAUCUGAGCCGCUGCUCCAGCGCCAAGCAGCAGUGGGCCUUGUACCAGAAGCACCCGCGGGACGCCUUCACUGACUUUUACCCCGUGGCCAGACAGACCCAGAUGUUCACAGUCACGUCGGCCUUGCUGUUGUUCAUACUGGUGCUCAAGGCAUCCCAUCAGUUGCGGUUCCUCAGAGAGUGGGCAGUGUUUGGCAGAGCUCUGAGGCGCUCAGUCUGGGAGCUGCUGGGAAUCGCCUCUGCGCUACUGCUGCUGCUGCUGGCCUAUUCACACACAGGACACCUGCUCUUUCACGCCGUACUGGACGGUUAUGGCAGCGUGAACUCUGCCUGUCUCUCUUUGCUGGGUGCCGGUGGCCGUGGCCUGUUGUCAUGGCGACCUGGCUGGACGAUGACAGGCCCCUCUAGCUCCACCUCCUCGCUGGCGUUCCACACGAGCUUCGCCAUACUUCGGCUGGUGCUGCUGUGGCUGGUCACCUCCGUGCUGCUGAGGAACUACCGGCGGGCUCGAGCGGAGCUGUAUCGCCCGGCGUUCGACCUCCAGGACUACGAGAUGGUCGAGCUUUUCCUCCGACGACUCAAAAUGUGGAUGGGACUCAGCCGGGCCAAGGAGUUUCGCCACAAAGUGCGCUUCGAGGGCAUGGAGCUGCCACCGUCCCGCUCCUCCUCUACCAGUGACUGUAAGUCCCUGUGCUUGCCGCCCCUGGACGGGCCUGACUCCCCUCCCACCCCAGACAGUGUGGACGCUGGCUCUGAGGCCUCGUGGCGCCCCGCCUCCUCCAGCCCCUGCAGCCUGACUGAAGCCCCGGGGAUCGGCCUGGGCCUCGGGUUGGGCCUGGGACUGGGCCUGGGUCCCGGAGUGGUGGUGGGAGGCGCCAGCUGGAGGGAGAGGGCAGAGACUGAAGCCUCUCUGAGGAGGCUCCUCCCCACGCUGGACGCCCUGUUGCAACAGCUUGAUCGUGUCACCAUGGCAACAGAGGAUGUGUACCACAUCGAGUGCGGUCUGGAGCGAGCUCAGAGAAAAAGGAGAGAGAAAGGGAGGGGUAGAGGAAGAGAGAGAGGAGGUAGUGGCCCAAGGGGGAGGAGUGAAGAAGGACAAAAGGGAAAGGGGGAGGAGAAGGACUCUGCUGGAUGGAGAGAGCAAAAGGGAAGUAGAGAGAAACACAAGGGGAGCAAGAAGGGGAAAAAAAUAGAUAAAAGUGAAGUGCCAAAGGAUUGUGGAAACACUGUCUCCAAGCCCAAAAAGACUCCUGCAGCCAAGCCUGUUGGCUUUUCAAAGUCCAGACCAGCCUCUGCCUCGGUGCACACCCCUGCUCCUCACACAGUCAGUGCACCUCCUCCCACCCCAGUCUCACCGCUCAAGUCUCCCCUGGCCCCUGCCUUUGUCUCAUCCAACAAAACCUUCCCAGCCCCCGUCUCACAGCCUCCCAAAACAACCGCUGCCCCUGCACCUACCCCCGCACCUGCACCUGUCCCCGCACCCUCCUUGCCCUCCACUCCUGCCCCUACACCCAUUAACCCCACCCACCUGGUGGGGGGUCGUGAGUGGGACCCUCCCACUGAGCGAGAAGCACUCCCCUCCUCCAGCCUGUUCAACCAUCCCGCUCACACCACCACCAUCCCCACACGCAAGCGCAAGCGCAAGCCACCGCCCCUCAAAAACAAGGUGCACCCCAAUCCAGACAGGCACGUGUCCGGGCACCCUAAAUCCUGAGGACUGGGAUGCCACUCCUAGGCUCAGCACAGGAUCUUUAAAAAAGAAUUUAAAAAAAGCAUGAGUUGGAGCAGAAGAAUGUAAGCGUGAGUUUUGGAUUGAGGAUGAGAGGAGGACGGAGACAGCGGGUUUUGUCUCCCGGAGCCCCUCUCGAAAUCCAAGGAAAGGAACAAGAAUGUAGAUGACGCACAAGAAGGAAACAUUACAGUUGAAAGAAAGAACACUGACUAGAAAGCAGUAAAAAAAA